GUUAACAUAUAACUACACUACCAUCUGUCAAGGUUCAGCAAUCAGCAUGAAACUAGUAACAGUACUAGUUGUACUGGCUGUGAUGUUGACGGUUGGGGCAGAACAGGGUUUCGAAGACUGGACUGCAAAACAUGGAAAAGUUUACCAAUCCUGGAGGGAACGGGAAUAUCGACAGGGAGUGUGGAGUAAGAACAUGGUAAAGAUAGUGUCCCACAAUACUCGCUACCACGCGGGAGAGAAGAGCUACACACUUGCCAUGAACGAGCACGGGGAUCUCACUCACCAUGAGUUCCACAACCAGAGGACCUGCUUCCAUGGUGACCGUGAAACAAACUCCUCCUCUUCUCUGGGCAGACUGCCAAAAGUUCACUACCAAGGCACUCUCUUUAUGCCUCCUGUCAGUAACUUCACCAUACCAGAAGAGUUGGAUCUCAGGAAUGUGAGUGGGGGAUGUUUUGUCACUCCAGUCAAGGAUCAAGGACAAUGUGGCAGCUGCUGGUCAUUCUCAACAACAGGAGCACUGGAAGGACAAAUAUUCAGAAAGACCGGAAAGUUACCAAAUCUUAGUGAGCAGCAGUUGGUGGACUGUUCCACAAAGUUUGGUAACUACGGCUGUGACGGGGGUCUCAUGGAUAUGGCUUUCCUCUACACUAUGAGCGUGAAAGGGCUGAUGAGCGAGGAGGAUUACCCUUACACUGGUGAAGAUGGAGACUGUCUGUUCAAACCACACAAGGCAGUAGCAGGAGCAGCAGGUUACAUGUACAUUCCUGAAGGAGAGGAGGAGAUGUUAACCCUAGCUCUAGCCCUGAACGGUCCCAUCUCUAUAGCUAUAGACGCCAGUGUGGAGUCCUUCCAGUUCUACGAGUCAGGGGUUUACGAUGAGCCGAGCUGCAGCACUGAGGAUCUAGAUCACGCUGUGCUGGCAGUGGGGUAUGGGGUUUAUAAGGGAACCCCUUAUUACUUGGUUAAGAACAGCUGGGGCACUACUUGGGGCCAGGGGGGCUAUAUUAUGAUGAGCAGGAACGGGCAGAACCAGUGUGGUAUUGCUACAGAGGGGGUCUUACCUCUAGUGUCACCUUUAUAGAUCGUAGAGACUGUCAAUAUCAUCCAGGAGAUGAUAUUGCAUUUUUAUGGAGCUAAUUUUGUGUUUUAUAUAUAAUAUAAUUUUUUGAUAAUUCGACUUUUGGAAUUCGACAGAAAUUUAAUACCAAAUACUACUAUUGCAACUAGACUAUUUUUUACAUCCUAAGAUCACAUUGUAUAAUCAUUAUGAUCGUAUUAUUUAUAUACGUUACUGCAA